AUCAUUUAAGUUAGGGAUUUAUUUUAGGGAAAAAUAUUGUUUGGGGCCUAAUGGUGAAAAUUUUGAAACUUGAGGGACUUAAAAGAGAAAAUGAAUUGGAUAAGGAUCAGCUAUUUUUUUUCCCUUCUUUCUUUCUUCCUUAUCCGCGUGUUCCUGCUCAUUCUUCUUCUCCCCUGCAGCCAAACAAGGCUAGGCCACCGACAACACCUCCCUUUUGAAAAACCGGUAACAAGCUUGGUUUUUGCCUUUCUUUCUUGUUCAAGAACAAGAUUUAAGCUUGGAAAUCCCCCUCUCUCUGCAGAAUUACCAGAUUUGCUCUGCUUUGCUCUUCCUCCCCUGUCCGUCGGUUUCUACUGGGUGCGAAUUUCUGGGCGUUUUUCGAAUUGCCGCUGGCUUCUUUCCCCCUCCAGUUCUGCAGCUGGAAAAAUUCUGGUUCUUGAUCCUUGGGGCACUUUAGUAUAUGGCUUGAGUCUUCGGUUUUGUGCGAUUUGAGGUCUUGAUUUGGGUCGAGGGCACUACAUAAUCACAUCGAUAACCCUUAAGUUUAGUUACUUGUGUUGAGGCGUGAAGUUAGCUCCCGCUUUCCAAAUGGCCAUUGGGGAGGGUGGAGAAUGAGAUUUGUUGUUGGCUUGUUAGAGCAAUGAUGAGUACCCAUUCCUUGUGAAGUGAAUCUAACUGUUGUACCUUUGUAACUGUCGGCCAUGUAUCUUGAAAUUGAUUUCCUUGUAAUUGUGACGCUAAAAUUUAAUGACUAGUAGAUUUUGAGCAUGUGCAUUUAUCUAAAAAAGGGCAAGAUAGAUGGUCUUGUUAUCAUUGUUUCUGUCAUUUUUUUGCUUGAAUAUUGGUUGAUUCUAUUGAUGUUUUGACCUUGGAACUUACUAUUUUACAAAUCAUUUGGAAACUUAAUCCUUUGGAGUUAUGUAGUAUGUUUCCCCGAUGUAGGAGUUUACUUUUGAUCUUGCAAUGUGCUAUGUGUUGUCACUUCGACCAUCGAUAUUAUGAUGGUCUUGAGCUCAAGCUAGAGACCACUUUAGGAUGAUCUUAGUUUUCUUAAUGUCUUACCCUAGAGCUUGUAAUAAAUGUAGGUCAAUUUUGGGUGCAGCUGAAUGUGUGGAGUAAUGAAAGUGUUGCCUGGCCAAUAGCUAAUCCGUUAAUAACUUGUUCUUUAGCUUCAAAUUUUGGUUUCCUUAGUAACUUUGUUGUAGAUCCUUUUCUUUAUAUUUAGUUUUUUUUCGAUUUGAAGGUUUUGUUCUUAUGACCAAUGCUGAUGAGCAAUUUUCAUAAUUUCUUAGAUGUAAAAUCGUUAGAACAAAGUAAUGACUUUUCU